AUGAUUUUACUUUUUAAAUAUUUAGAAAUAUUUAAUGUUUUAGACAGGGUUUCAUUUGAUCUUAGUCUUGCUAGAGGUUUGGAUUAUUAUACUGGCAUUAUUUAUGAAGCUAUUACAGAACAAUCAGGACCUCCUCGAUUGAAGGAUAAUACAAUAGUUGCAUGUAAAACUAAAAAAGGUUCUGAAGAACUUGAUGAAUCAACUAUUGGAGUUGGAUCAAUCGCAGCAGGUGGUAGGUAUGACAACCUUGUUGGUAUGUUUUCCAGCAAUAAAAAAGGAAAUAUUCCAUGUGUAGGCAUGUCUCUUGGAGUAGAAAGAAUUUUUUCAAUACUAUUACAAAAAAUUCAACUUGAUCAAGUUAAAGCAAAUGAAGUUGAGGUGUAUGUGAUUGCAGCAACUGGUGGAUUAUUGGAGGAAAGGAUGAAAAUAUGCAUAGAGUUAUGGGAUGCUGAAUAUAUGUAUAAGAAUAAGCCAAAAUUACAGUCUCAAUUUACAAUAUGUGAUCGUGAUCAAAUUCCAUUUGCAGUGAUUAUUGGACCUGAUGAAAUAAAUAAUGGUGAAGUUAAGAUUAAAGAUAUGAGAUCAAAAGAACAAGGUGUUGGAGGUGGUGUUCCAAUUAGACGCAGUGAAAUGAUUAAAGAAUUAAAACAACGUCUAGAAAAGAAAAGUUAA